AUGGAUAACUUCCAGGAAAUAACAUUCAACAAAGACCCAGCCACGGAACUCAGAUAUUCGGCAUGGUUGUUGGAACCACCAAUGGGAGUAACUUUAGGAAUGACAGUGGAGGAGCUUUUAGCCCCUGGUAGACGAUCGAAAUCGAAACCAACACCUCCCCGUCCACAGGAGCCGCAUAUAUUAUUCGGAAAAAAUUUUAGGGCGCUCCAUCGGAUGGAGUUUAUUUAUGGGAGCAAACGCUCCAUGAAUGAGUGGAAGAACGCUCUUCCCGUAGUUAAAGAAUACUUCGAAAUGUUGUCUAAGGAAGCAAAAAAACGGCAUGCCAUAAAAUAUCCGAAUUACAAAUACAAACCACAACCACGAAGAAACGUGGACGGUUCUAAAAGAAGAAGAAGACAGAGAUUUCCAAACGUUAACCCUCCUGAAACUCCACAACACAGCCCAAAAAUAUAUAUCGAUCCUAUGACCACCGGCACCGAUCAAUUUAUUUAUCUUAGCGACAUCAUACCCACGUUCCCUGCAACUGGUCAAUCCAUUAAAAGUUCGCCAGCGAGCACCACGACUCCGGAAGAAUUUGUGACUCAGGAUGACGAUGGGUUGUCAUUAUAUUUUGAUUAUGAGUACUAUACGAAUGAUGACGUGGCAUCCUGUUACCCCACAGCAGAAUUUUUCAAGCAAUGA